AGAAGUUUCUUGUCCCCCGAGCGUGCUUCGAAUAACGAAACGAGAAUGAAGUAUUUUAUGAUAGUUGUUUUUAUUUGCGGUGUCCACGUUGUCGCGGCUGCGAACGUUAAAUCGGAUUUCGAGGGAGCAAAGAUCGUCCCGGACAUAAUAGACGCGGCGCCCAGCGAAAAAAUCGAGGUCAAGUACGGAGACAAAGUGGUCGACUUUGGGAAUGAACUAACGCCGACAGACACGCAACAGAUCCCCGAGAUCCAUUACAAACACGAUGGCGGAGUUCUCUACACUCUCGUGAUGACUGACCCCGACGCUCCCACGCGAAAAGGUUACAACCGAGAAUUUCGGCACUGGUUGGUCGGGAACAUACCGGAGGAGAACGUUGCGAAGGGGGAGGUGCUAGCGGAAUACGUUGGACCAGCGCCACCGAAGGGAUCUGGAAAACAUCGUUACGUCUUCCUGGUCUACAAACAGAAUCAAGGAUCCAUCACGUUCGACGAGAGAAGACUGAGCAACAGGGACGGCCCGCAACGGAAGCGAUUCUCCAUAAAGAAGUUCGCGGAGAAAUACAGUCUGGAGGGCCCGAUAGCAGGCAACUUUAUGAUCGCGGAAUACGACGACAACGUACCCAAGUACUCGAAGCUUCUGGGAUUUUAAGGGCUCGCAGGGCCGCGGUUUCACUCUAUUAUAUACAGGUGGUGGUACGAACGGUAACUCGAGCGCAGUUGCUGCACGCGCGACACGCAUAACCAUUAACGCAUUGUGUAUGUACAGUUUGCCGGACAGACACGGUGGAGCGGGACAAUAAAAACUUGGAUGGUGGAUAGAUACGA